AAAAAAAAGUAAGAAGAUAAAAUUAGGACUCAUAUUUUUUCUAUGUUCGGUCGUAGCAAGUCAUUGUUGUUCGUUUGUAAGUCGUUGCCAGUUUGCUAACUCAGAUCACACGUGCGAGUUCUUGCAGUUUGAUUCUUCAAAUGAGACCUUCUUUUGUUGGAUUCAUCCUUGUUUUUCUCUCAGUUUGCUGUUGCAGCUUUUCUAGCGAUGGAAGUACUAAAGCGCAGAGAACUUUAGCGAUCAUAAAGCCGGAUGGAUUGCUCGGUAACUACACAGAUGAUAUCAAGAGAACAGUUUCAGAAUAUGGUUUCAGCAUUGUCGAGGAACAGAUUGUUCAACUUGACGAGGCGACUGUGAAAAGAUUUUAUGCAGAACACUCUUCAAAAAGCUUCUUUUCAAGCCUAGUUAAAUACAUGACAAGUGGACCAGUGUUAGUCAUGGUUUUGGAAAAGGAUAAUGCUGUUGCUGAUUGGCGCGCUUUAAUGGGUCCUACUGAUGCAAGCAAGGCCAAGAUUACUCACCCUCGCAGCAUUAGAGCAAAAUGUGGAUUGGACACUGAAAAAAAUUGUGUUCAUGGUUCAGACUCUACCAAAUCUGCACAAAGAGAGAUACUAUUUUUCUUCGACGAGCUCGCUCCAGAUGUAAUUACAGAACACGAUGAAUUGUAGCGCGUAAAAGUUCGAAGCAGAAACACAAGCUUUGUUUUUUGAGGCUCACUACUGUUACAUAAUUCAUAUACAGGACUAUAUGAAACCAUUUUCUAUAUAAAUAUUAUAGCAACCAAACAGCCUAUAUAGUUAUAUCAUCGAUACAUUCCUUUC